AUGGAUGAAGAAGACGAGGCCUUCCAGCUUCCGACGGGAGGGUGAGAAUGCGGCGCCUCUCUGCGUGGGGGGAGAUGCGGGGUGUGCGAGUGUCUUUGGGUCCGCGUGAGGGGGCGGGGCUGUGUGAGGGGACUAGAGCUGUAUGUGGGGCUGCGGCUGCAUGUGGGGCUGCGGCUGCAUGUGGUUCUGGGGCUGUAUGUGGGGCUGGGGCUGCAUGUUGGGCUGGGGCAGCAUGUGGGACUAGACUGUAUGUGGGGCUGGGGCAGCAUGUGGGACUAGAGCUGUAUGUGGGGCUGGGGCUGCAUGUGGUUCUGUGGCUGUAUGUGGGGCUGCGGCUGUAUGUUGGGCUGGGGUGGGUGGGUGCAGGCUUGCGAAGGGUGAUUCCGAGCACAUGCAAAGGGCUUUGUCUGCAAUUACGUGCUAUUAUGCGCUAAGAGGAGAGGUAAAGUUCAGCAGAGCUAGGCGUCUUUGAGCCAGCAGGGUUCCUUCUCUCUCUCUCUCUCUCUCUCUCUCUCUUUCUUUCUUUCUUUCUUUUCUUUCUCUCUCUCUGCCUCACAGCGUUGCUGGUGAGGAUGAAAUGGGCGGGGUUUCGUCCAGCUAAGGAUGAAAUGGGAGGUACCGGCUUGCAUCCGACUAAGCUAUGCGUUGGUUAUGCCCGCCCAUUUCAGUGGACCUACUCUGAGCUGAAACCGAAGUGCCUUGUGUUUUCACUGUUUCUUACAUGCUUAGCUUUGGAGCAUGCAGUGGCUAAAAAGUUCGCCUCUCAUGAUGAUUGGGUGCGGGAGGCAGGGACCCUGCUGCAGAAAUAGUAACCUCCGCAACCCGAGAUCACUACACCACUGGAGAUGAGAGUACGCUUGCGCUACAAUCCAGAGGGCCAAAGGAACCCCACACCUUUUGUAGAGUGAGGGAAUACAUUAUGUUUUAGUAGUGGUUGGGAAUUAGGAAGUUCAGCCCAAGGGUUAAUGGGGAAAGGAGCAUUUUUCUUAAAAAGCAAGACUUAUUGGGGAGUAGACUCCACUGAAUUCAACUGAACUUCCCCAUGAAUGUGCAUAGGGUUGAUUUGCAUACAAAUGCCUGUUGCCUCUGCUGUGGUGAAAUAUUUUCCCUUUUCCUAAUUCUAGCUUUCUGUUUCCACUUCUUCUGUGCUGAUGUUACACUGAGAGAGAGUCACAAAGUGAGCUUCAUCUCCAAGUGGGGGUCUGCACCCUGAUCUCCCAGGUCACAAUUUGGCAUUCUAACUCCUGCCCUAAAGUGGGUUACCUGUAACAGGACUGAAUGGAGGUGUUUUGUGGUCUUAGAUUUCUUUUACAAAAGGAACCCUAAGAAAGAUUUCUAGUGCCCUUUACACUGUGACAUUUUAGGUGUUCAAAAUAAGGGCACUGCACUGCUGCUUUUGGCAACACUGGCAGUGAGCAAAGGUCAGAGUGACAUAUAGCCAGUGGGAGUUGUAGUUUUUGGAGUUGAGAAAUUUAUGGAGAACUGCAGGUGCCCCCCCCCAUAUUCAAAAUAUAGUCCGGCCUCCCCAAGGUCUGAGGGACAGUGGACUGCCCCCCUGCUCAAAACGUUUGCUGCCCCCUGACCUAUGUCUUCCCAGAAUGUCACUCUCCCCAGAAGGGGAAGCCAAGCUCACAAUCUCUGUUCUGCUCACUUCUUUUGGGAGCCCCUCAAACAUGCAUGUUGCCACUUGUGGUUUUUCUCUAGCUGGAAUCCUGUAAGAACUGCUUAGGGAUGAUAUGGGAUAGAUUUUCAUAUCUCUCACAAGGUCAUGCAGCCAUUCCAGAGGAUUGCUGUUGUGCAAACGCAGAAUUGCCUUUAGAAACCUUAGCUGUUUAAUUCACUUGGUCUUAGUGUUUGUUCGUUUGUUUUAAUCUGCAAGUUUCUAGCUCUCAGGAGUGCAGGGAAGUGGGCUAGGAUGUGGGGUAACUGGUAAGUUUCAGCUCCCAGAACAACCCUGAGAUGAGAUACUUCUGAAUGUCUGUAGGGAAAACCACUUGUGUUCAGCCAGGUUUAUUCCCUCUCCCCACCUUCCUGGCAGUGAAUCUCCGUAUGUGGGGAAAGGUAAACCGCAAGGGCAGGGCUUGUAUCUUUGCAAUACAAUAGUACAUCGGGGUACAUACGCUUCAGGUUACAGACUCCACUAACUCAGAAAUAGUACCUCAGAUUGAGAACAGAAAUUGUGCUCCGGUGGCACGGCGGUAGCAGGAGACCCCAUUAGCUAAAGUGGUGCUUCAGGUUAAGAACAGUUUCAGGUUAAGAACGGACCUCUUCAACAAAUUAAGUACUUAACCCGAGGUACCACUGUAAUGGAUACCUUUUAAAUUUUUGUUUUGUUUACAGUGUCUUCUGGACAUCUGUUCCAAAACCAAAGCAUUCCAAAACCAAGGCGUACUUUCCGAUAGAAAGUAACGCAAAAUGGAUUAAUCCGUUCCAGACAAUUAAAAACAACUCCCAGAAUAGCAAUUUAGCAUGAAAAUGACUGUCUAAUUAGACUAUUGAUCCAUAAAAUGAAAGCAAUAGACCAGGCUGCUAUCUGCUACCCAGUAUUAAAAACUGGCAGUGAUUUACCCAUUGCCAUUGGAGGGAUGAGCGCACGGGGUGUGUGAUGGGGGAGUUCCACUUGUCAGGGGGGAGGGAUGGAAAGGAAGGCAAAAUUCAUCUCUCUGAGGAGCCAGUUGGCUUCUCUCCCUCCCCCCAUGCCAGCCUUUCUGGAUCCCUCCCCCCACCCCCCACCCCGCCACUUGGGUGUGUGAAGAACUCUUACUGCAGUGGUGGCACCAGCAUCCUGUCACGGCAGCCACUUCUGGGCCUGGAUUGGUGGCAGCGAAAGCAGAGAAGGCGAAGUCACUACAUCAUCAACAACACCCUUCUCUGCUUCCAGAUUUCACUGCCAGCACCAACUGAGGGAAGGCCGUGCCAAGCAGGCAGGAGGUGUCGCUGCCACCCUCUGGGUCCCUCUGACACCACUGUCCUUGCAGCAUCAGCCACCCCCUCCUGCGCUUUUGGGUGUUGCCAGUAGCUGGUGCGGCUGGUGCUGAAUAAGGGAAGCCCAGGUCAGGCAGCAAGCAAGCAGGCAACGGAAUUGUGGCACUCAAAACAAAAGUGCACCCCCCCCCCCAACGAAGUAUGUCCAGAUGCCAAAAAAAGUUUGAAAACCUGAACACUCAUUUCCGGGUUUGAAGCGUUCGGGUUCCAAGUAGUUUGUGAACUAAGCUGUUCAAAAACCAAGGUACCACUGUACUAGGUUCUGUAAAAGCUUGGGUGCAAUAAUUGGGCAACGGCCUUUUCAGUUUUAGGGACUUUGUAGUUUAGACAAAAAGCAAGAAAGAGAUAAUAUGAUAGAAGUUUAUCAAAUUAGGCAUGGCAUGGAGAAAGUGGAUAGGGAACAGUUUCUCUCCCUCUUGUGAACAUCCGAUGAAGCUGAAUGUUGGAAGACCUUCAGGAAAAGCAAAAGAAAGUACUUUCAUGCACAGUUAAACUACAGAACUCUCCCGCAGGAGGCAGGAAUGGCCACCAACUUGGGUGACUUUAAAAGAGGAUUAGAAAAAUUAAUGAAUGUUAGAGUGAUGUUGGAUUGAAAAUAAGUGGUUUCCAGCUGUACAGGAUAAAGUUAUAGAUAGAUCAAGAUUAAAGAUUAGGAUUAAAGAAGUAUAAGGAAAUGGAAAUUUGGUACUUAAGAGGUAAAAUUUUAACAUUAUAUUAUAGUGAGAUUAAAGAUUAGGAUUAAAGAAGUUUAAGGAAAUGGAAAUUUGGUACUAAAGAGGUAAAAUUUUGAUGUUAUAUUAUAUUAAGAUUAAAGACUGGGAUUAAAAAAGUGGAAAAGAAAUUGCUGGACAAACAAUUUGGACUGGAAUACAAAAGAGGGAGGUAUGAGGAAGUCCAGAAAAUAAGUAAAUUUAGAAACGGAAAUGAAAAAGUGAUAUUGUUUUUAAUUGUUCUGUUUAAUAUGUUUUAUUUGCUUUUUGUUUUUUUUGUGUGUGUUUAUUUUCCUUUUUUUGGAUUAUGUAUAGUGUAUUUGUGUAUUUCUUCUUUUAUGUCUUUCUGUCUAACUUUUUUUCUGAAACCUUAAUAAAAAUCAUUUAAAUAAAUAAAUAAAUAAAUAAAUAAAUAAAUGAGGAUUAGAAAAAUUCAGGGAGGAGAAGGCUAGCUAUGGUGGCUAUGCUCACCACUUUGGCGGAAGCAGGGCUUCUGAACAACUGUUGCUGGAAGCCACAGGAGGGGAGAGGCCUCUUGUGCUUGGGUUCUGUUGGCUACUGUAAGAACAGAAUGCUGGACUCGCUGGGCCUUUGGCCAGAUCCUGCAGGCUUUUCUUUUCUUCUUAAGAGAGGUUAUAGAAACUAAUAGGAAAAGGAAGGGAUUGUCUCCAACUAAGUUCUGCUUAGAGAAGACCCACAAUGUGUCUACUCCUUUAGUUGUGUGCAUUAAUUUCUUACAACAGCUUUUCCAGGCUUAUUACCCCAAGAGAGACUGGGCAAAGCUCCCCUCGGCAAGCACCCCUAGUGGGGUGGCCAACAUCCUAAUUACUGACUGGAUUCUAGUUUUUGAAUCCAUUACUCUCUGGUCUUUGGGGAAGGCUGCAACAAAAUCGCCAACCUGCAGUGAAACAUGAGCAUCUUUGUGCUUGCAGAUACAUGCCUUGUUCCCACCCGCUUGCCUCUCUCUGUGAAUGAAGUGAAUGGUUACUUUUCUCUCUGCCCAGGACCAGGCUGGCCUCUCUCUUUGGACAGGAUCAGACAACUACAGAAUCUGGAAAUGUGCUCUUCCAAUACAUGUCACCCAAGCAGCCUAAAAAAGGUCAACUAGCUACUGGUAAGUAAACUGUUCACAAUGCCUAGGAACAUAAGACAAGCCCUUGUGGACCAUCUAGUCCAACCUUUGGUUCUGAAGCCCCACAGAAUCAACUGGGUUGGUCAACUCCUGAGUAGUGCUGGGGAGAGACCCCUGACCUGGGGCCCCAGAAAGGUGCUGGUGGUCUGUAUUCACCACACUGAGGUAGAUGGACCCAGUGGUUUGACGCCAUACAAGGCAACUUCCUGUUCUGAAAUCAUAUUGUGAGAAGGGCAUUAUAUGAAGUAUGGGAGAGAAGUAAAAAAUCAGUAGUGACCAAAACACCAUGGUGGCUGUCAUCAAUGGAAUCUAUGACAGUUCAUAGGAAAAAUAUAAACAGUGAUUGGUUAACAUACAAGGAUUUAGUAGAGGAAAUAAGUAGCAACCCGAAAAUAAAGGACCUAAGAGAACUGAAACAGAAGGGAAUAACCUGGCUGGAAUAUUAUCAACUAAAAGCCGCCAAACUAUUUUUGAAUUGGCAAAGAAAGGAGGAGGAUAUCAAAGAAAUUACAGUAAAAUGGGAGAGGGACCUGGGACAUAUGAUCAAACCCAGUAUUUGGAAUGAAUAAUGGACUAAAAAAUCAUGGCUUGCUUCCUUAUAAGGGAAAAUCUUAUGAAAAUGUACUAUAGAUGGUACUUGACCCCCAUAAAAUUAGCAAAAAUAAAUAAAUCAUAUAAUAACAAGUGCAGGAGAUGUAAAGAACAGUUAGGAACAUACUACCAUAUGUGAUGGUCCUGUCUAGAGAUAUAAAGAUUUUGGAAUAUGAUUUAUGAAGAGAUAAAGAGAUUGAUAAAAACUACAUUUAGCAAGAAUCUGGAUUUUUUUUUACUAGGAAUGGUUUCAGAUAAUAUUCCCCAAAACAAAACCAGGUUAUUUAUGUAUGCAAUGUCAGCAGCAAGGGUUAUAGUGGCAAAACACUGGAAAGAUAAAAAUACACCCACUAAAGAUGAAUGUGGAGUCAAAUUGUGCGAGUACUUGGAGCUCGUGAAGCUGACAGAUGCAAUAAGAGAUAAACCUAAAAAGAUGGCGAAAGAAGAAUGGGAAUGUUUAAAUAAUUAUCUAGGGGACAUCAAUAAGGGUACAUCAAUAAAGACCUGGUUAUGUUUAGAAUGAUACCACUUAGGGAAAUGUUCCCUGAUACCAAGAUGAGGGAUUCUAUGGAAUGCAGAUAGAGAGAAUUGAUAAGAAUAAUGAUCUGUUGUGAUCUUGACAGAAGCGUACAAUGGACGAGCCUUCUUGUAUUUUGGCUCAUUUCCCCCCCCCUUCCCCCCUUUUUUUCUUUUCCCUCCUCCUCCUCCUUUCCUCUUUUUUCCCUUCCCCAUAAUGGCUUAUGUUCUAUGCCAUGUACUUUGAUUUUUUUUUGUAGGUUUUUAGCUUUUUCCAUUAUUGUUAUUAAUAAUUUUUCUUUUGUAAUUUUGGUUGUUUAUAUUUAUCUGUAUUUGUUUAAAGCAAAAUAAAAGUAUUAAAAGAAAAAAAAGGUCAACUUCCUGUUUUCCAUUAAUCUGAGCAACUGGCUCAGACAAGGUCGCUAACUUGGCCUGAUGUUUGCAAGCAAUGUUCUGUUUGCAACAGAGCACUUACCCUUCUCAUGUGCUGCUCCAGCUGCAGGUCUGUCUACCCAGAAGCAUCCUCCUGCAGCUGCUCCUGCAGCCGCAGCUGCUCCUGCAUCCACUGCAGCAGUGCAUUCAGUUUUCUUCGCUACAGUUGUUCAUGCAUAUUUGUUGUGAGUACUACAGUAGGGGGGAUGAGCUGCAGUGUGUUCUUGCUACCUAAGUCCUGUGCUCACAUCUUUUGCAAUCAUCUCUCCAUCUUGCCUGGCUUGUUUGGAAAGAGCUGCAGCUGAAUAGUAAUAAUAAUAAUUUAUUUUUUAUACCCCAGCCACUCUGGGCAGCUUCCAACCAAAUAUUAAAAACAGUACAGCAUCAGACAUUAAAAACUUCCCUAAACAGGACCACCUUCAGUUGUCUUUUAAAAGUAAAAUAGUUGCUCAUUGCCUUAUUGCCUUGACAUCUGCUGGGAGGGCGUUCCACAGGGCAGGUGCCACUACCGAGAAGGCCCUCUGCCUGGUUGCCUGUAACCUCACUUCUCACAGCGAGGGUAAUACCAGAAGGGCCUCGGGGCUGGACCUCAGUGUCUGGGCUGGACGAUGGAGGUGGAGCAACAGUGUGUGUGGGGGGGUCAAUUGGGGCGAAUGGGGCACCGACUCUCCAACCUCAGCCUGCCCCCACCUGCCUGUUGUUGUUUUUUUACUACCAGCCAAUCAGGCUGUGGAUAUCAUUGACUCUGGUCGAUGUGCUGCUGAUUUCCUUGCCUUAUGCCACACCAGUGAAAGCAGGUCCAGUAGGAAGGUACCCCCUCAUUCUGCCCUCAGCUGGCUCCCACCUGCCUGCCUUCUUACGUCCAACCGAUCCAGAGGGCAGGACUUCCUGUCAGCUUCCUCUUCCCCCUCAGUCUCCAUGCUGCCAUGGUAGAACACAGCAAGGAGGAGGAUGGGGACAGCCAUAGACUUAGCUGGCCCUUCUUGUCGUUGGCUCUGGUGCCACCUAGAGUUGGGCUCCCUGCAUUCACCCCAAUGAGGCACCAGCCAACACUGAACUGAAAUGAUGACAGAGACCUCCUGGGAUGGGGAGCUUGUGGGCUGAUAAAAUGUUACUGGGCUGCUGCUACUGCCCGCCCCCCACAUCGCCCCUCACUGCUGGCCAGAUGGUCUGGGCUGAUCAAACAACCCCUGGGAAGUCUUUGUAAAGAGCUGCUAAAUAUAACCCAUGGGGUUGGCAUGGUGGCAACAAUUGUGGGAAGCUAAGAGAUGUUCUCUUCUCAUUCCAGUACCAAUGGGAAAUAUGUGAAACAUGGCAAGUAUGGAGCAGCUGUAGUGGGCAGCAAUGCAACCAAGGAGGUAAGAGGAGGAGGUGUGGUGUCUUGAAGUAGCCUGGCCUUCUGUCAACCUGCUGUCCCCCAGAUGUUUGGGGCUACAGCUGCUGUUGGUUCUAAACAUUUGGAGGAUACCGGGUUGAUGUAGGUUGGGCUAAGGAAAUGCUUCCCUUUCUCUGAAUCCUGGUUUCCUGAUGGUGUCUUACUCUGGAAAAAGCAAAGGUGCUGUUUUGGCUCCUGUCUCUUUCUGCCCAAUCAGCUCACAAGGGUUAUAGCUCCCAUUUUUCUUAUUCUGACCUCACUUCUCUAGAAAAAGUAUUCAUAGCAGGGAAGGGGCUGUCGCUCAGUAACACAGCAUCCACUUUGCAGACAGAAGCUCCCAAAUCCAAUCGCUAGCUCCCCUGGGUAGGGCUGGGGACACUGCUGCCGGUCAGAGUAGGCAGUCCUGAGCUAGAGAGACUAGUGGUUUGAUUCAGUCCAAGGCAGCUCCCUGUGCUCUAGAACCAUGUGGACUAGCAUCUUGACAAAAGAAGGGCCUAGGGGGUAUUGUGUGCGGAGUGGAUAGAGGGAGGUGAGACAGUAACUUUGUCGUGGCUUGAAAAACCAAUAAACGUUCUCUGCCUCACUCAAAAAAGGAAGGGGGUUUCAGCAGUUUAUGUUGGAAAAGGGAUUCAGUUUUUCCAGCCUCUGUCCUUUUCAGCCCAGUCAGGUAGCUCUUCAGUGGUUUGUUCUGCCCCACUUUGCUAUGAAAGGAUUCACAGGUGUUUUACAAGCACUGGAUAAAAUAUGUCAGGAAACAUAUGCGUUUAUUCCAGGAAGACUCUGGUAUGAUUGCCUUGUCCCACUCCCCUGUUGCAGGUGAGGGUGGUGGGGACAGGAUAAAACACUGGGCUGUCAUUCCCGUUUAGCUGAUUGGGCGGAAAAGGACAGAUCUCACCCCUUGGUUUCUGCAGGUGUAGGGAGCCUUUGGUCCUCCAGAUGUCGCUGAACGACAGCUCCCAUCACCCCUCUCCACUGGCCAUGCUGGCAAGAGCCAAUGGGUGUUGUAGCUCAGCACCAAAGGCUCCCCACGCCUGCUCCAUUGUAACGAAGUCAUUCCACAUGUAAUUAAGCCAGGCACCUGCAACCAAAGCAAUUCCUACGAUGAACACCUCUGAUGUAUUUGUAUGUUAAUGUGUCAUUUGGGGGUUGGGGUGCUGUGGAAAUGCCACCUGGUAUAAGAAGAGCUCCAGGUGCUUUUGAAAACAGCCAGCCCCGUAGUUUUUGAUUCCUCACUUUUGCUCCUGUUUUCUUCUGUCCUUCUGUCUCUUGUGGAAUCCAGUACAGAGUGCUUCUUUAUAUCAGCCUGCUGCAGCAGAUUGCGACUGCCAGCAUCCAUGCCUGGUUUGUAUUCACGGUAAGCUUUGACGUUAAGACCUGCAAGGACCAUGGCAUAGGCUGAAGCUAAGCAGAAUUCUUUGGUGGUUUGAAAUGCACAUUGCAUAUGAGGUCUCAGCUGUGGUCAAUUAAUUUCAGGUGGUCUGCUUUGAGUAGGGAUAAUGCUUGUUGCAACCCAUUAGAUUUGAGUAAUGUUAGAUCCAAGGGGCCCCUCUAUGGUUAAAACGCUUACCUAGAGGUAACAAAGUAAAAUAGAUGACAUUCUGCCCUCUGUCCUACUGUAGCUUACAUCCCUUGGGGUAGCCCUCCACCCCGAAAUCCUAUAGCAUUUUUCCAUUUCUAAACAUGACACACUACAGACGUUGAUGUUUGUGUGUGUGUGCUCAGAGUAGACUCACUGAAAUUAAUGCACCAAAGUUCAUCAUGUCCAUCAAUUUUCAUGGGUCUGCUCUGAGUAGGGCUAACAUUGGGACACAACCCAAAGUCUUUAGCAAGACCCAUCAUUAAGAAAGUUGUUUUGAGAAGAGGCUGUCUGCUGCUCAGAAUUCCACUUUCUCCUUUCUCUUUCCGCAGGUGCAGCCCAACAACUACUGCACAUUUUAUGAUGAUCAGAGGCAGAUUUGGUCCAUCAUGUUUGAAUCAGAAAUGGCAGCUGUGGACUUCAGCAAGCAGGUGCCAGAGGCGUGCACUGCAUUGUGGGGUGGGGGGUGGCUCUCCUGCAGACACUGAACUAGUGUUCGCGGGAGGUCAGCUCUCUUGCAUCAGUCGCCAGAUGCUUUCUCUGCCAACCACUAAGAAGCAUCCAGGGAGGGCAAGGAAUGGUGGUGUAGCCAGUUGGGGCCUUUUCAGGCCCCUGGGGUCUUCAGCCAGUGCUGCGUUGGGCCAGAUUGCAUAGGUGCGGAUGACAAUGGUAGCUAAUGACACAAAUGGCUUGGUUCUUCCUCUUUGCAGCUGUGCAUUGCCAAGUAUAACAGCAGCCGUUCUCCUGACUCAGUGCUGUGCCAGGAUCUUGUUCUCGGAGACGGCCAAGGUGUGGCGACUGGAGAUGUCCUGGAGAUCACUUUUACAGGCUGGCUGUUCCAGAACGGUAGUCUUGGGCAGGUGAGACCUGGCAGAGGGGGUGUCUGGGGAUGAUGGGGGUUGAAGUCUCUAGCAGCACUGCAUGGCCACAGCUUUCCCACUCCUGGUUUAUAGAUUGCAUACAGCCCUUUUCUCCCACAACCCUGUCUUUUUGCCUUUCAAUAACAUUGCAAGGAAAUUCCUCCUGAAACAGGAGAGGGACUUGAUGAGACUCACCCAGCUUGCUUCACAGCUCAAUGUGCAUUUGACCCCAACCCCAAUGAGCUCUAGCCAGUGCUUUUCCAUGGGGCUUGCAUUGGUUGCUCUCCAGAGGUGGGGCCUUGCCCAGCCUUGCUGCCCUUUCUCAACUGGGGAUGCUGGGGAGGGAACCCAGGACCUUCUUCCUGGGAAGCACAUGCUCUUAGGCCCUGAGCUUCACCUGUCUCCAAGGACUAGAUCCUAUUUCUUAACCUCAUUUUACCCAAUCUGCAACAUAGGAGGCACCGCUAGGUAGGGGAUUCAACAUGGAAAGCUGCCUUGCACUGCAUCAGGCCACCGGUCUAGGUUGGCAUCGCCCACAUUGACUGGCAAUAGCUCUCCAGGCUUCCAAGCAAAAGCCUUUCCCUGACCUUACUUGGAGAUGCCAGGGUUGAACCUGGAACCUUCUGCCUGCAAAACAGGUGCUGUGUCCCUGAGCUGUGCCCCGUCCUUUAAUACUCAUUGCUCUUGGCUCAGCAGUGGGAGUAGCGGAACGUGAACCUAUUACCUUCGCGUUAAAAGUAAUUUCACCCCAUCGACCUUCCACUUUUGGAACAGGUUUUCGACUCAAAUAUAAAUAAAGAGAAAUUACUACGUCUGAAGCUAGGCUCUGGCAAAGUCAUCAAGGUAAGAUGGCGCUACUCUUCCCACCGCACUGAAAGGAUUCUUUCUUCCACUUCCACAUCUAAGCAGAGUUCAGCAGCCCAGGCUAUGUGGAAGGCUAAAUAGCAGUGAUGUUUUUUGAGCUCAAACCCUGAUCAAAUGGCUUCCUCAAGAACGGCAGGCAGGUAGCUGUCCUAGCUUGUCUUACGCCUGCCAUGAUCUGCUGGAGUGGGAGGCCCAAACAGGGUCCCUUGAUCCCUGCAAAAUUCCUGAUCCUGCCCUACUGGUCAGUCAGGCUUGCCCUUUCUUUGCAGGAGGGGUGGGGAAUCUCAGGCCCAGCAGGGACUGAAACUGGCCCUCAGGAUUCACCCCAGGCCAUGCCCCUUGCCAAGCCUGCUCUGUGGCCUGGACCAAAACAGUCCUGGACCUCCAAUGUUGCCUCUUGCUGUCCUGGAUGAGAGACAGAGGGGGGAGUGUGAGUUGGUUUCUAAAGUAGCCUAUUGCACAAAGGUAAAAAUUACAUUUGUUGCCCCUCCCACUUCCCCUCUAGCCCCGCCCACUCCUGGCAUGCUCCUCCCCACCAAGAAGGUUGCCCCAGAGGGAAUGGUUUUCAUCCCUGCUUUAAACUACAGUUCGUUCCUCAUGACUGCAAGAGAACUGUCAGUAUUCCUGUGCCCUGCUCUCGACCAGCCUUUACCAACCUGACAAACACACACACAGAUCCUGUGGACUCCAACUCCCAUCAGCCCCAGCCAGCGCCUACUGAUUGGAGUUGGAGUCCAAGGUGUCUGGACGAUAUCAAGUUGGCGAAGGCUGUGUGGUUCUGGCACUUAGCGAAGGCGGUCACCCAAACUUGUUUUCUGCUUGGUUCUCCGUUUCUGGAACUUGAAGGGCUGGGAAGAUGGAAUGAUUGGCAUGAAGAGAGGAGGCAGGCGGUUCCUCCUUGUCCCGCCAGCAUUGGCUUACGGGCCUUUGGCAGAAGCUGAACGCAUUCCUCCGGACUCAACUCUGGCCUUUGAGGUGGAAGUCAAACGGGUGAGUGUGUCUUCCUCCCAACAUGUUAGCGACCAAGAGAACCUCAGAAGGUUGUUGGGUGGUAGGUCUACGGCCUGGAUAAAGUUCUACAAAUGGAGGCAGUGGUUGCCUUGACCAGACUCCAUGAUGCCCCUCUUUUGCUCCCUUAGGUGAGGUUUGCAAAGGGCGCUGAUUCAGCCGGACAGAACCUGGGCCCCAGGGACUCCCUCACACCUUCACCAGCACCACAAUCAGAAAGCCCCGCUACAGACCCAGCAUGGCUGACUCCUCCUACUCCCGCUCCAAAGCCAGGGUGAGAAAUAAAUUGAGGGUGCUCUUAGCUUUUAAGCCUUCCAUUCUCCCAGUUGUCGAAUCCUAACUCUGCAGUAAAUAGGUUGCCACCUCUGUAUUUGAGGCUUUCGGCCUUCACCUCAGCUGCAUAACUCAGACUCCAUCUGCAUUGUACCACCUUGGGAUCUACGGAUGAAGUCCAGUAUACAAAUUCAAUAAAUCACGAUAAAUUAUAUGUUAUAAAUAGCGCCAUGCCAUUUUCAACAGCUGUGGCUUCCUCCAAAGAAUCCUGAGGCCACCUUGUCUCAUAGGCAACCUGGCAGGGGCCACAUUCCAGGGUUGGGCUGGGGCUCCAGUGGACAGAGCAACAGAUGCUGCUCCUGCCUUCUGUGCAGCCAGAAAAUACACCAUGUGGGGCUUCUUUCUGCACACACCUCUCCCUGUCCAGGGAAGCAAGGUGCACUGUCACAGUUCAAGGACACAUUCCAGCCAGGCUAAAGCUCCCUUGGGGAGGUCAUGAGGUUGGGUUGGUGAGGGGCUUGACCGAGGCAGAGUCCCAAAGGUCAGUUGAGUAUCCUACCCCUUAAUAGACUCUUCCUACUCUUCCUACUAUGCUCAGGUUUGUUAACUCCCUUCCUUCCAUACUGCAGGGAGCCAGCUGUGCAUGCGAAAUCAAGCUCUAUUAGCAAACAGCUAGCGGUAAGUCCCCAUUGGAGCCAAAUCUUCCUAUUGAUUGUAUAGUUCCUGUUGAAUGUAACCAAAGCAAUGAGAAGUAACUUGGUCCUCUCAUAGAGAGAAGGAUCCUUAUUGGUGAGCAUUUUUUGAGAAACUCAAAAGCUCCCACAUAAUAAAGGUACCAUAUUUUUCAGUCUAUAAGACGCCCCCCUAUUUUUUGGGACUUAGAUUUAAGAAAAUGGGGGAAAUGUAUCUGUGUAUAAGAUCCCCCCUAAUUUUUGACAUUAUUUUUAAGAGAAAAAGCCUAGUCGUAUACAUGGAAAAAUACGGUGUGUCACAGGAAAAGCAUAUCAUCAGUAGCUACGAGUAAUUAACAUUUUAUAUUGUGCUUGCAUAGACUUCUGAGAUGGGUUUCUAAGUGUUGUUGUUUUUUAAAGAAAAUGCAGUUUUAAGGUUCUUUCAUUAAUAGUUUUAGAGUGAAAAUGUAGCAAGGAAAUGGUGUGUUAAUGAGGACCCCCCCACACACACAUUGGAAGGUUCUAUAAAUGUAAUCCCCCCCCCAUGGGUGUGCAUGUUUACAACAUCUUAGUUGAUUAUCUGUGUAUUUUAUUCCUGUUUCCUAUCAGAGGGCAUGCUGGCUGGGGGCUGAUGGGAGUUGUAGUCCAUUACACCUAUAGGGCCCCAGGUUGGUGAAGGUUGCUGUGCUCUUUUCUAUAAUAAUUUUUAUUAAGUUUUCUAUUUUACAUUUCAAAAUAAACAUUUUACAAACUGUAAAAUAUCCAGUCACUUCCCUUCUUCUCCUUCCAUGGUUCAUUUUAUAUAUUAUACAUUCCUGCAUAUUUUAGUAAACCAUUCAAAUCAGUUUUCCACUUUUACACCAUCAAAAAUUAUUUACUCUGUUGAAUUUAUCUCAGUUCUGCCAUCAUUUUCAGCUGGUUGAUAUGCCCUUAACUAAGGCCUAAGUACUGAGCAUCUGACAUGCAUUGUCAGGCACACAAAGGAAGCCACAGGGCAGGGUGGGGGGUGGGAGAAGGACAAACCAGCUGCUUUCUCUUAGGGGAUCUUGCUUGGGCUCUGGUCCCCUUGGCUUAAUCCUCCCAGGGGAUGUGACAGCCCUCACCACCAUUUUGAAAUCCCACUGUUAGGCUUUGGAAGGGUUUGAGAGGUUGUUUUACUGGAUGCAUCCCAUGAUAUGGGAAGAGGAAUCUCUCUCUUUUUUAAAGAAACCAUGAAGAUAUCUAAAUAAGAUUUAAGUUUUAAACUUUAAGGUUUUCUAUAAGAUAAGAUGAAAAUAGAUUAAGGUAAUGUAAUGACAGAAUACUAUGAAUUAUGGAAAGGAUUUGCUGCGAUUAUUAUUAAUCAGGAUACAAGAAAAGGGAGGAGGAGGAGGUCAAAGAAAGAAGGUAUUGAAAGGGGAGAAUUUGAGAAUGAUGGUUUUGUUUUGUUUUUUAAAUGAUAUUUAUUCCAAGUUUAAAGUUACAAAAAAGAAAAAGAAAAACCAUACAAAAUACAAAGAAAACUUUAACCAUAACAGAGCAAAAGAUAAACAAGUAAAAAGAACAAUAAGAUAGAAUAAAAAAGAAAACUUAACAAAAAAUAUAAAAAUACAUUAAGUUGAAAUAAAACAAAAACAGAUUAAACCUUUGCAUAACCUUUUCCCUUUACUUAUUUCCAUGACCUCCUCUCACCUCCCAAUUUUGUAUUCUAGUUCAGAUCGUAUUUCCAGCAAAUCCUUCUAACCUUAUUUUCAUUUACGUAUUUUAAAAUUCAAAUAAUAUAAUUAAACCUCCUCUAUUUCAUCAAUUUCAUCAACUCAUUUUUACUUAUUCCAUUAUAUCAUAUCUACCAGAACGACCUAAUAUUCUUUUCCCAACCUCCUUCUAACAUUAUUUUAUAUUGCAAUACUUUUGAAGAUAUAUUUUGAAUUUUUUCCAAUCUUCUUCCAUCGACCCUUCUCCCUGGUCUCGAAUUCUGCCGGUCAUCUCAGCCAGUUCCAUGUAGUCCAUCACUUUCAUCUGCCAUUCUUCUCGGGUAGGCAAUUCUUGUGUCUUCCAAUACUUCCCGAUGAGUAUUCUUGCUGCUGUUGUAGCAUACAUAAAGAAAGUUCUAUCCUCCCUUCGCACCAACUGGCCGACCAUGCCCAGAAGAAAGGCCUCUGGUUUCUUCAGAAAGGUAUAUUUAAAUACCUUUUUCAGUUCAUUAUAUAUCAUUUCCCAGAAAGCCUUAAUCCUUGGGCAUGUCCACCAAAGGUGAAAAAAUGUGCCCUCCGUCUCUUUACAUUUCCAACAUUUACUAUCUGGCAAAUGAUAGAUUUUUGCUAGCUUGACUGGGGUUAAGUACCACCUGUAAAUUAUUUUCAUUAUAUUUUCUCUUAAGGCAUUACAAGCCGUAAAUUUCAUACCUGUGGUCCAUAACUGUUCCCAGUCAGCAAACAUAAUGUUAUGUCCAAAAUCUUGUGCCCAUUUAAUCAUAACAGAUUUGACCGUUUCAUCCUGUGUAUUCCAUUUCAACAGCAAGUUAUACAUUCUUGAUAAAUUAUUAGUUUUAGGACCUAACAAUUCUGUUUCCAAUUUUGAUUUUUCCUCCUGGAAACCAAUCUUCUUAUCUAAAUUAUAAGCCUCCCUUAUUUGAUAAUAAUGAAGCCAGUCUCGAACUUUAGUUUUUAAUUUGUCAAAGCUCUGCAGCUUUAGUCUAUCUCCAUCUUGUUCUAAAAUUUCACAGUAUUUUGGCCAAUUUGUCUCCAUAUUAGUUUUUUCAGAGCCUUAGCCUCCAUUGGUGACAACCACCUUGGUGUUUUACUUUCCAACAAAUCCUUAUAUCUCACCCAGACAUUAAACAAUGCUUUCCUGACAAUAUGGUUCUUAAAGGCCUUAUGUGCUUUAACCUUGUCAUACCAUAAGUAUGCAUGCCAUCCAAAGACAUUGUUAAAACCUUCUAAGUCCAAAAUGUCCGUAUUUUCAAGAAGCAGCCACUCUUUCAGCCAGCAAAAUGCGGCUGAUUCAUAAUAAAGUUUAAGAUCUGGCAGGGCAAAUCCACCUCUUUCUUUAGCAUCAGUUAAAAUCUUAAAUUUUAUUCUUGGCUUCUUGCCCUGCCAGACAAAUCUCGAAAUAUAUCUCUGCCAUUUCUUGAAACAGUCCAUCUUGUCCAAAAUCUGCAAUGUUUGAAACAAAAACAACAUCCUAGGCAAUACAUUCAUCUUUAUCACAGCAAUUCGGCCCAACAAUGAUAACUUCAAUUUUGACCAUAUUUCCAAAUCCUUUUUCACUUCCAUCCAACAUUUUUCAUAAUUAUCUUUAAAUAAAUUCACAUUUUUAGCAGUCAUGUGAACCCCUAGAUAUUUCACUUUCUUGACCAAUGUUAAUCCUGUCUCCUUCUGAAACCUCUCUUUCUCAAUCUCUGUAAGAUUUUUCUCUAACACCUUGGUUUUCACCUUAUUCAAUUUAAAUCCUGCUAUUUGACCAAAUUCUUGAAUUAAUUGCAAUACUCUUUUAGUGCUGGAUUCUGGCUCCUGUAAUGUCAAAACCAGAUCAUCAGCAAAAGCUUUCAGUUUAUACUGUUUGGCUCCGAGUUGUAUACCUUUAACCAAUUGGUCUUUCCUGAUCAUAUUAAGCAGAACCUCCAGGACCGAUAUAAAAAGCAAUGGGGAGAUUGGGCAACCCUGUCUUGUUCCUUUCUCAAUCUUAAACUCUUCUGUAACUACAUUAUUUACAAUCAACUUGGUUUUUUGUUCCGAAUAAAUUGCACCUAUACCGUUUUCAAAACUUUGGCCUACCCCCAUUCCCUGUAAAUUUUUCUUCAUAAAACUCCAAGAAAUAUUAUCAAAGGCUUUCUCCGCAUCCACAAAUAUUAGAACUGCUUUAGUAUUGAUAUUAACUUGUAGUUUUUCUAAAAUGUUAAUUAUAUUCCUCGUAUUAUCUGAUAAAUGCCUCCCCGGGAGAAAGCCCGCUUGGUCCUUAUGGAUUUCUUUCACCAAUACAUUUUUUAAUCUUUUAGCCAUAAUUUCUGCAAAAAUUUUGUAGUCCACAUUAAGUAGGGAUAUGGGACGGUAGUUCUUAAGCUGUGUCUUUUCCGCUUCUAUUUUCGGUAUGAGUGUAAUAUAAGCUUCUUUCCACGACUCGGGUGCCUUUCCCCCCCUAAUAUUUAAUUGCAAACUUCUUUCAGAGGCUGCAUUAACCUUCUUUCAAAGAUUUAUAAUACCUUGCAGUCAGACCAUCUGGCCCUGGAGAUUUGCCCAAUUUCAUGUCCUGAGUGGCUCCUUCCACCUCUUGGUCAGUUAUUAUAGAGUUUAGCAUCGAUUUACUCUCUUGAGAGAUUUUUUGUAAUCCAUUUGUUCUCAAAAACCGAUCAAUGUCUAUUUCUUUCUGAGUCUCCUGCGUGUAUAACUGUUUAAAGUACUUCUGAAAACACUUUCUAAUCUCCACAGGGUUCUGUAUACUCUUUCCUUCUACUACCAAGUUCGUAAUAGUAUUAAGCUUUUGUCUUUUUUCAUUUGCCAUGCCAACAACUUCCCACACUUAUUCGCUGAUUCAAAUGUCCUUUGUCUCAUCUGUUUGAUCUUCCAUUCUAUUUCCUGAUUCGUCAGUUUCAUAUAUUGUACUUGAUAUAACUUUAUCUCUUUUAAAAUCUCCUAUGAAUUCGGUUUUGUCCUCAGUCUCUUUUCUCCAUCCUUUAUUUUCUCCAAAAUUUUUUCCCUCUUCUCAUUUUGGACUCUUUUCCUGAUUGCAUUUUGUUGUAUCAGGAACCCUCUCAUAACUGCUUUACUUGCAUCCCAAAUCACUCUUUUCUCGGUCGUAGUGUUCAUGUUUAUCUCAAAGUAGUCUCUCAAGUUUUUCUGGGCCUUUUUGAUAGUUUCCUCAUUCCUAAGCAAGGAGUCAUUCAUCCUCCAUCUGAAAGCUCCAAUUGGCGUUAAUGUCAUUUCCAUCUUCACUGGGUUACGAUCAGAGCAAAUUUUAGGACAAAUUACCGUUUUUUUUAUCUUCGGGGCCAAUCCUCUAGUUAUCCAAAUUUGGUCUAUUCUUGUCCAUGUCAUUUUAGCUUCAGAGAAGAAGGUUCCUUCUCUUUCCAAGGGGUUCUUUGUUCUCCAAAUAUCUAUAAGAUCCAUAUUGUCAGUCAUUUCAAAAAAUGUCUUUGGUAGUCUGCCAUCUUUCGUCACCGUUUGUCUUUGGGCUUUCCAUGUUUGUAGACACUACUCCAUUCAUAUCUCCCAUCAAAAUUAUAUUGUAAUCCAGAUAGUCCAAUAGGAUUUCAUGCAGUUUCUUGAAGAAUUCUGAUUUUCCCUCAUUUGGCGCAUAAAUGCCUAAUGUCAAAAACUUCUGGCCAUGAAGCUGAAUUUCAAUUGCAAUAAAUCUUCCUUGGUCAUCUUUAAAUAAAAAUUUCGGUGACAGGCUUUCCUUUGCAUAAAGUACUACUCUUUUUUUCACAUUGUCUGAUGAAAUAAAUUCUUCUCCUAGUCUUUUGUUGAUCAAAAUUUUCCGAUGUAGCCUUGUCACAUGCGUUUCUUGUAAACAAAUCAAGUCCAAAUGUUCUUUUUUUAAUAUAUGAAAUACUCUCCCCCUUUUUCCCCGGGAGUUCAGUCCAUUAAUAUUCCAGCUUAAUACUUGCAGUGUCAUAGUGUAUUUACUCUCCUUCUCCCCCAACAGCCCCCAAAAGUUUAUCUAUAUCUGUCGGUGGCGAUGAUUUCCCUUUUUUUUGUAGACUCUUGUCCAAUACGGCAGGCUCUUUUCCCAGUCCUUUCUGUAGGUCUUCUUCGUAUGUGCUCAGAAACUUACUUUUUUCCUCCACUGAUCUUAUCUUUAUCUUUCUUCCUUUGAAGCUAAAAGAUAGGCCUUGAGGGAAUUCCCACCUAAAAAGGAUCUUACUUUUUCUCAACAGGGUCACCAAAUCUCCAAAGUCUUGUCUUAAAUCCAAAAGAUAUUUCGGUAUGUCUUUAAAAAUUUCCACUUUUGAUUGCAGAAUUAUCAAAGGUUUCUGGUAGUGCAAACCCAAAAUUUUAUCCCUCUCUUCUUUAGAUCGGAGGGUAAUCAAACAAUCCCUUAUUUUAAUCUUUUUUCCUCCUUUUCCCAAUCUGAAGGCCCUCACGAUCUUAAAAUCUUCUUGUUUCAAAUCCGAUUUCCAAAAUUCUGCAAAUUCUUGUGUCAGAAAAUCUGUCAAGGUGCCCGUCUCCAGCUCAGGAAUAGCUCUAAUUCUUAGAUUGGUCUGUUUCUCUUUCAAUUCGAUCAUAGACAGCGUUAACUUAUGAUCUGCAAUUUCCUUCUGUAGGCCAGGGACCUUCUCGGUUUCCAGCUGCUCUACUUUAAAUUCCACAGCAGCAGUUUUUUCCUGUAUCGACUUCGACUCCUGCAAUAGUUUUUUCCCUUCUCUUCUCGCCCCCCCCCCCCCACUUCCCCGGACAGAAUCCUGAUGUAACAAAAGUGAAAUUGAUUUCCCAUAUGGCAAAGAUGGGUCAGCCUAUGCUACCUGACCCCUCCAGCACAUUUGCACCCCAGCAAGACUCAGCUGACAAGGAGGUAGAGGUGUGUUAGCUUCAAUUCUCAGCUUUUUUUCAGUGGGGUUUGUGUGUGUUGGCUGUUGCUGAAAUUCAGGUAGGUUGGCAGGAUGACGGUUGACGAACAUAGCAAGCUGCCUUAUACCAAGUGAGACUGCUCAUCCACCUAGCUCCCUACUGAAUACACUGACUGGCAGUGAAUGGGGGUAGGCCCUUUUUUUUACUUAAUUACAAACCUACCUGGUUCUCCAGGGUUUCAGACAGGGGGCAUUCCCUGCCUGCUGGGUUUCAAACCUGGGGCCUUUUGCAUGAAACUGAGAGUCUUGCCCUCCCUAGAUCUAGUAUUCACCCCAGACUGGUUUUGGGUCUGAAUCUUAAUUUGAGGGAAAGCCUUGUAAGGAUCAUCAAUCAUUUUAUUUGUAUGUCGCCUUUCCCAAGUUAAAACAAUGCUCAAAGCGGCUUACAACAUAUUAAAAAAAAACCCCAUAGCUACCAAUGUUCUGGCAUGCCUCCCUCUCGUUAAUGUGGGAUUUGAAGCCUCCGGGGUCCCUUUCCACUUCCCAGGAGGGUUAAUUGUGCAUUGUCUUCUUCAGGAGCCGCAUGCCAUUCAAGAAUUUUCAACUUUCUGUCCGAACGACUACCGUCCAAUGGCCCCUCCUCAGUGGGCAAUGCAAGGUAAAAAGUGUGUUCCCUUGUUGUGCCUUGGUGAUGGUCACCAACUUGGGUGGCUUCAAAAGAGGGUUAGGCAAGUUCAUGGAGGAGAGGGCUGUCAAUGGCCACUGGCACUGUGGCUGCGCCCUCCCUCCACGGCUGGAGGAAAGAAUGUUUCUGAAUGCCAGUGGCUGGAAACCGCUGGAGGAGAGAGGGCUCUUGCGCUGAGGUGCUGUUUGCAGGCUUCCCAUGGGGGUACCAGCAUCUUAAAAAGCAGAGACAUCACCUUACCAACAAAGGUCCAUAUAGUUAAAGCCAUGGUUUUCCCAGUAGUGAUGUAUGGAAGUGAUAGCUGGACCAUCAAGAAGGCUGAUCGCCGAAGAAUUGAUGCUUUUGAAUUAUGGUGCUGGAGGAGACUCUUGAGAGUCCCAUGGACUGCAAGAAGAUCAAACGUAUCCAUUCUAAGGAAAUCAGCCCUGAGUGCUCACUGGAAGGACAGAUCGUGAAGUUGAGGCUCCAGUACUUUGGCCACCUCAUGAGAAGAGAAGACUCCCUAGAAAAGACCCUGAUGUUGGGAAAGAUGGAGGGCACAAGGAGAAGGGGACGACAGAGGACGAGAUGGUUGGACAGUGUUCUCGAAGCUACAAACAUGAGCCUGACCAAACUGCGGGAGGCGGUGGAAGACAGGAAUGCCUGGCGUGCUCUGGUCCAUGGGGUCACGAAGUCGGACAUGACUAAACGACUAAACAACAACAACAUGGGGCACCUGGUUGGCCACUGUGAGAAGAGGGUGCCAGACUAGAUGGGCCACUGGCCUGAUCUGGCAGGGUUCUUCUUGAGUGCAGUGGCUCUACUCAGUAGAAUUUAGUUGGACACAACCCAGAAGCCAGCAUGAUGAUUAUGCAUGGAAAGCGGAGGAAAUCUGGAUGUGUGGGGAUGGGGGAGCAGUGUCCUUCAUUUGCUGGAGAUCAGCUUGAGCAGAGUCUGCAUCUGUCACUGGCAUUGUGUUUAGAUGCUUGAAUUGAUCUGUUUGUGUGCUUACUCCUCUGGGCUCCUUUGGGUGGAAAUAGAGACAAACAUGUUGAUGUUGAUGAUGAUGAUGAUGGACUGCUUGUAUUGAGAUGGGCAACGCUGAUGCCUCUGCUUUCUUCCUAGCUCCUCAUCCAGCUGUCUCGGGGCUCCAGGCAGCUGCUGCCCCCCAGCCACACCCACCCCUUCCAAGAACCCCUCAAAACUGUCAGGUAAGGAGUCCUUUGUAGGCAGGGAAAGGUUCUUUCAUAGGUUGCCAGGUGAGCCACAACAUCAUGCUCUGUUCCCUGGUUUGCUCAAGACAGGGGCAUGUGACUAGCAGGCUUGACUAAGUUUCCUCAUCCUUUUCUGUCAGUGUCAGGUCUUCAUUUGCAAAAUAGGGAGGGUGAAGCAUAACCAUGUAGCCUUAUUGGAGUUCACCGAUUGGGUCUGCGUUGCUCUGGGACAGGAGGAAGGAAGUCAAAAUGACACCGAAGAUGGUUCAAAGAAAGAGUUUAUUCUGCUCUCCGGAUAGCAGAAAGCACUUGCGUAAUUAGUCCCCAGCAAGUCCAAAGAAAUGACAAGUUUCAUGCAGUAUAUAUAUCCUCCAGGCACCCUCUCCCUCCUUCCAACCACGUCAGCCUAUGUAUGCAGGUUGACAUCAUAUAUGUUCCUGCUCUGGUACUCUCAACCAUAAAAGGAUCUUCCUUCCUGUACUUCUGACCAUAAAAGGGAUCUUACUCUUCCUACUCUUAUCUGGGAAGAGGUAAUCAUCUCCGGGAACACGCUCUGACGUUUGUUCCCGGACCUGGGUUUGUGUGUCAGAGUGUGUCCAGGACGUAAGAUAAAGCACAGACAUGUCUUCUCUCUGUUUUGUUCUAUUACUGGUACAGUGAAGGCCAUAGUUGCCGUCACAACUGAUAAAGGAGAGGGCUCUGAGCACUUGUCUAUACAGCCAGGCUUUUGUUUAUGCAUUCAGUUCAGAGCUCAAGUUAAUGGAUUUUAGCUAAGGAAAAUAGGGAUUUUGGUGCAGUUUCAAACUGCCUGCACAGUCAGUUUUGGGUUUUGGAAACCCAUUCCUUCAACCAUGAAGGUAAUAGCCCUUCGGUGCAAAUCCCAAAAGCACUAGAUUAAGACCUAGCAGCAAUCAUAGCCUUGGGUUGGAGGGAAGCAGUUUGUUACCUCGGCAGUGCUGAGGUAGUUUCCACCAAAUCCAGUGAGGAUCUUCUAUAUAUUGGGUGAUCUUUAGAAGAAUGUAAGAAGAACCUCUGCUGGAUGAGGCCAAUGGCCUAUUUCGCCCAGCAUCCUGUUCACAUGGGGCACCUGUUCUCAGUGGCUACCUGGAUGCCCCAGUGCAAAGUGCACAAACAGUGCCUGCGUGCAAGAGCUCUUUCCCCUCCCCCAGUUUCCAGCAACUGGCAUUCAGAAGCAUUCCUUCUUCCAGCCAUUAGCUGUCGAGGCCAGUAGCCAUCAAUAGGCGCCUCCCCCAUGGAUCUGCCCAAUCCUCUUUUAAAGCUGUCCAAAUGGUUGUCUGUCAUUGCCUUUUGCAGGAGAGGAUCCCUUGCAGUCCUUGGCCUUUGGGUCAUCUAGCCCUUGAGAGCAGGCUUAAGCAAUCCUGCUGUUUUAAUGGGGGACCUUUUUGCCGUCUGUUUGGUCAGUGUGACAAGUCACCUGACUCUCCUUUCCCUCCCCACCUGUGUUCUCAGCCUUAUGCAGGGAUGCCAUAUGCUUACCCACAAGUGAGUGCCGCAGUUUCCCAGCUCCAGCCUGUUGGGUUGUGCCCAGCUCCUUUCCAAGGUAUGUUCAAACUGUGCACUAUGUAGCUUUGGGAGCUGCUUUCAAACAUUAACUUUUUUAAAAAAGCAAAACCCUUUAUUAACAUUGUUGACAACCCAAAAGUCUGGUAGCAGGCUUGCCAUAUAUGAAGAAAGCAAACAAUAAAUAAUAAGAGAAAGAAAUGGUGACACACCAGUAUCAAUUAAGACACCCAUAUUUCCCAAACUGGUACGGAUAGUGAAUGUUGAGCAUCUACCUCUGUAGCCCAGGAAAUGAAAUCCUACCUGUUGAGCAUUAACUCAGUGAAAGUUAGAAAUUCCCUGCUCAGAGCAUCACAGCCUACUGGAUCAGGCCAGUGACCCAUGUAGUCCAGCAUUUUCUUCUUACAGUGGCCAAUCAAAUGCCUGUGGGAAACCCACAAGCAGGAUCUGAGCACCUUUCCCUUCCUGUGCUUUUCAGCAGCUGGUAUUCAGAAGCAUUUAUUGCCCUCAAUGGUGAAGUCAGAACAUGGACAUCAUGGCUAGUUGCCAUCAAUAGCCUUCUCCUCCUCCAUGAAUUUGUCCAAUCCUCUUUUAAAGCCAUCCAAGUUGGUGGUCAUCACUGCCUCACGAAGUCUGCACUGUGUGAAGAAGCAUUUCCUUUUGCCUUAUUCCAGCCGUUUAAAAGCUGGGAAUAGGCGGCUAAGUUGCCUUAAAGUCCCCCACCCUAGAAGAUUCACGGCUGCUUGUUAAGAUGCUCAAGGACAACUGUGUUCUUUUCUCCCUGCCCUUUCCUAUUGGUGUGACCCCUCUCCUCCUGCCCUGUCCACUUCUACAGUGGUACCUCUGGUUAAGUACUUAAUUCGUUCUGGAGGUCCGUUCUUAACCUGAAACUGUUCUUAACCUGAAACACCACUUUAGCUAAUGGGGCCUCCCGCUGCUGCCACGCUGCUGCUGCGCGAUUUCUGUUCUCAUCCUGAAGCAAAGUUCUUAACCCGAGGUACUAUUUCUGGGUUAGCAGAGUCUGUAACCUGAAGCAUAUGUAACAUGAAGUGUAUGUAACCCAAGGUACCACUGCAUUUGCUUCUGCUGGCAGUCUCAUUUUGAAACAACAAUAACAAACACAACCUUGCAAAGUUUUCUUUCCUCUCACAGCAGCUGGAGACAUUGGUUCAUUCCUGCUGACAGAGACCCGGCAGCAGAACACAGAGAUCCGCCUGGCCGUUGGGAAAGUGGCUGACAAGAUGGACCAGCUGUCAGUCAAGGUAAUACAGAACUUUCAGGAUAGGAAGCUGCUUAAGAACUGCCUUGCUAGGAUUUUCCAGAAACAAUAGGAAGGUGUUUUUCUUGCAACAGGCUUUUCCAGUGGGCUGAAAAGCUCCCUCCCCUGAGGUGUUGGUUUUGUAUUGUUGAUUAUUUUAUUUCAUAAAAAAAACUCAAAGCACUUUACAAAAAGAAUAAAACAAUAGAAUUAUUAGUACAAACGAUUUAAUUAUUCAAAAAUUAAAACCAGCGAUAAACUAGAAACCUAUCAGCAUUCUAGAGAUCUAAAGAAGCAUGUGCCGAAAAGGGUACAGGCAGUUCCCCAUUUACACGGGGUUUGCGUUCUGAGGCACUGUGCAUGUCAGCCUGCCCCGCACCCCUGAGGGCCAAAACUGGUGCGCCCACAGAUGGGGAGUUGCCUGUACAGUGAAGGUGCCUGCCUGAUAUUGAUCGUUGUUCAACUGUUUUAAGGCUUUUAAACAAUUUUGGCAUUUUAUGUUCAUUGUAUAAUACAUAUAUCAGGCAGUAUAUACAUUUUCUGAAAUAAUAAAUCAAUCUACCUUCAGGUUUUGCUUCUGUUUCAUACUGUUUGGAGAACUGUAUCUAGCUGCUUUUAUAAUAGGCUUGUGAAUUGUCUUUUUAAUCUCUGAUGGGGGAGGUUUGGGACUAGGGAAGCUGUUUCAGCUAGGCGACACCCCAGUCUGAAAACCCAGGGAGAUGCUGCCCGCCAGUGUUGACAGCACUGAGCUAGAUGGAGCCAGUGGUCUGAUACUGAGCCAGGUUGCUGUGCUCCCAGCAGUUUCUCUCCUUGGCAAACAAGUGAGCAGCUCAAAGGGCCCAGGCCUGAUCUGGCUUCUUCUCUCCCGUGUGCUGAUGCUUCCAAGCUGCACCUCCUUUUUGUUUUUCCUUUCUCUCCCCACACCCCUUGCAGCUGGAGGAACUGCGGAAGCAAAACUCUGGCCCCGGUUUGCUGCCAGGCAUCUCUUCUGUUACCAUGGAAACCUCUAUGAUCAUGAGUAACAUCCAGCGUAUCCUGCAGGUAAAGAGCCUGUCUACUUGAGAGCAUGAAGACUAGAACACCUUGCUUUUACCUUCAGGUGAAGGGUCACAGCUAAGCAGCAGAGCAUGUGAUUCGCAGGCAACAGGUCCUGGGUACAGUCCCCAAUGGUGUCUCCUGGCAGGGCUGAGAGAGACCCCGUGCCUGAAACCCUGGAGGAGAUGCUGCCAGUCAGUGGGGAGCCUUGGGCACAAAUGCUGCCCUGUCCUUCCCUGUUCCUGCUCUGCACCUUCCUUGAGUUCUUUUGGCCAGCUGGAAGUGUCUUUGUUGCUAGCCUGGAUGUGGAGCAAUUGGUGCAGAGACUUCUAGUCUCCUGUAUUAUAGCCACAUCUGUUGCUCCACCCACUUUUGUCCCUAGCCCCGCCCACACCUGGACAGUUGAUCCAGAGGCAAGGCAGCCUUUGGACUGGCAGAGGUUCUUUGCCCCUGUUGUAGGCUGCACUGAGCUAGAUACACGCAACUAUCUGGCUUGAGCUAAGAGAGCUUCCUCUGUUCCAGUUCCUCUAAGGCUCCACUAGCAACUGGGCUUUUAGUAUUGCAGCUCCAGACAUCCAGAAUGAGUUUGCAGCCCAAAUCAGACCAGGGCCUAGUGUGACGCGGUUCAGAUGCCUCUUGAAAGCAUGCUUGCUUUGGAGGGCUUUCCAUCCUGAGAUGUCACUUAUGAAGAUCAAGUUUUAUACCUGCUGAAAUGGUGUUGUUUUUAAAGUUGAGUAGAAUAGAUGGACUUAUUGUAUCAGAGUUUGUGAAACUGAUUUUAUUCAUUCUCAGAGUUUGGAUUUCUGUGUUGUAUUUUGCUUUUACCAUGUAUCUUGCUUCCAUGGCUUCAUGCAGUACAGCUGUCUCGCAAUUUGCUUACUAAAUAAAGUUUACCUAGGAGGCUUGCAAAAGGGGAGCAGCUCCAAACUGCCCAUGUUCUGUCCAUGACCAUGGCGGAAGACCACAACGAUUUCUCUCCUCAAAUCUGGGUCCCCGAGAGAGGUUGGGGAAGAGAUUGUGGCUGGAGAUUGUGAGAGUUGUAGAGGUCAGGACUGGCUCUGACGCAUUCCGUUUUGCUCUUUGUGCCACAGGAAAAUGAGAGGUUGAAACAGGAGAUCGUUGAGAAGAGCAGCCGCAUUGAGGAGCAGAACAAGAAGAUUGGUGAACUGAUUGACCGCAACCAACGGUGAGGGAGACUCUUGCUCACUUUUAAUGCUCUAUGAGAAACAGCUGGUAUUUGUGGCUGAAGCCUAAAGCUCAGGUGGCCUGGCUCAAUCCCCAGGCACCCCAAGGCUGCUGCCAGUCAAAGUGGACAGUACUGGGCUGGAUGGACAAAUAGAGGAAUACAGGAAUAUAGCCAGUGUGGGGUAGCAGUUAAGAGGGUCUGUCAGAGUAAGAUCUGGGAGAGCAGGGUUCCAAUCCCCAUUCUGCCAUGAAGGUGACCUUGGGCCAGUCACUCUCUCCCAGCCUAACCUACCUCAAAGGCUUGUGAAGAUAAAGAAGGGAGGAAAACUAUAUACCAGUAUUUGAGCUCCUUGGAGGAAAGAUGGAACAUAAAAUAAGAACUAUUAGGAUUCUGAUAUAAAGGAUAGAAGCUCUCCUAGGGUGGCUUUUGAAAAGUGAGAUCUACGUAUGAUACUGCCUUGAUUUCUUUUUUUACACGAGAGGAUGGAAAGUAUCAAAUCAUGCAAACAUUCACGUGUGUAAAAAACAAUUCUUCCCCAGCUAUGUGGAGCAGAGCAACCUGAUAUUUGAGCAGAGCAACAGCUCAUUGCAGAGGACCAUGGAGCACACCCAGGCAAGGGUCCUACAUGCUGAACAGGAGAAGGUAAGCCCUGGCAGUGUGACAGCCACAACAGGAAGGCCAAGUGACUGAGGCUGUGGGGAGGGCAAGUGCUAUCCCAGGAUCCCGUCCUUGAGUUCACAAUCGCUAGUGCAGGUCACUAUUCCCCUUUGCCUGCAGGCCAGAAAGAAGUUACGUUUCUGAGCAGCAGCAGCAACAAAAUAGAACAAACGAUUGGCUAGGUAUACAUGCACAUACAGGUAAAAGAUUCAUAAGCUUCAGGUAAUCCUUUUAAAAGCACCUCAGGUUGGCAUGAUGUGAGCAAGCACAGUGAACGUCCCCCUCACUUCCUCCUAUGCAGCCAAGAAGAAGGGUGUGAGAGUUUCCACUUCUAGGUAACUGCUGCUUCCUCUGUUGUCUGGACUGAGAACAGCCAUUAACGUUAAGUAGAAGUAGUUUCUGAAGUUAGCUUAUAGAAACAAACAUUUGAAGUUGGUGUGUUUGAUAUUACCCAUAGUUGAUGUUAGCUGCAGCUCGUUGUCCCAGGCAACACAACAAACCAUGGCUAGGCAUAAGUGUCAGGGUUCCUGGCCGCAUGAGAGGAGGAGAUGUAAGGGGAGAGGAUGCAAAUCCAGGUUUGCUGUGGCCUGUUCUUGCUUGGGCAUCAGCGUGCAAACCCCGCCAUUAAGGGAUCUUCCAUGCAUCUUACCCUGAGGCCGAGGGAUUUUCAGUGAUAUAAUCAGCCCUUGGACCACAGAAUAAGCAGAGUGCUCUUAACCCAGAAUGCCAUUGCCUCUUUUGAUAAAACUUUCUCCCCUCUUGCUGUUCUUGCUUCUGGUGGUGUUAACUCUCCUCUCCUUGUCGCCGCUUUUCUCUCUAGCACAUGCCGCCACUGGAUCACUUGCAAUUCCCAGGAACAGCAUGCUGUCUCCAACAGUGGAGGGAGACCCCUAGCCCUUGUGGCUGUUGGCUGUGUAUAGCUUUUCCUGCCCCAUUGUUUUGUCUAAUCCGCUGCUAAAGCCAUCUAACUGUUUGGCCUUCAUUUUAUCUUGUGGGAGAGAGCUCUGAUGUGUGAAGAUGUCCUUUCUUUUGUCUGCCCAGAAUUUUCUGGGAAAAUCUUUUCUGCUCUCCAUUUUAUGCACCUUUGUCGUGCAUGCUUUUUCCUGAACUAACUAAAAAGCCCAAGUCUUCUGCCUCCCCCUGCUCCUCAUAGCCUUGCCAGUAGACCAGUUCUGCAGGGUGUUUCCUGGGAGACUCAUUCUUAGCAUUUGGGAGCCUCCAAAAGCACAGCUCUUGCAUCCUCUCAGGAAACGUCUUGCGGGCACUCCUUCCCCAUAUGUUCUUCUGUCUCUUCUGCUCCUUUGUGUUGCAGGUCAGAAUCAGCAAGAAGCUAGCAGAAGCCACGGUGCAGAUCUCCCAGCUCCAGCUGGAGCUGGCCUGUCAUCAGAAGCAGGAGAUGAAUCUCCACUCCCAACUGAAUGAAGCCCUGACAGAGUUGGAGAGGCAGAAAGCCCAGGUCAGCCGACUCUGUGCACAGCUGGCAGGUAAGGGAAGCUGAGAGGAGGCGCUGAAAUGGCAGAAGAGCACAAUCCAAGCACAUGCAGAGUAGUUUUAUCAUCCUAGGAAAUUCUUUAGCUUGCUGGUAGGGAGCCUGUGGCACUCAAAGUAUUACUGGCCUUCACCUCUCAUGAGCCCCAGGAAGCGUAGCCAGGGAUGAUGGGCGUUGGAGUCCAGCAACCUCUGGAGGUCCUGCUCCUUAGGGCCUCCUGCAGUGUAGCUGUUAAAAAGCAGACACACAAUCUCCAAAAAGACUCUUCACUUUAAUUCCAUCUUUUUAAAAAAGGCAAGCUUCUGAUCUCUACAAACUUGAUUGAUUGUAUUUCUAUGCUGCUUUUUGUUGAAAUGAAUCUCCAGCUUACAAACAAUAAGUAACAUUAACAUAAUGUAACAUAAUAGAAAAUGGGUUUGUGCAUAUUCUGCACCUUCCUUGCCCUGCAUGCAAGAGCAGAGCGGUGUAAGAGUGAGAAGAAACAUGUGAUAUGUCUUUAAAAUUACACGGAGGCCCCAUCCACACUAUACAGCAUUAUCAUGCCACUGCAGUCAGGCAUGGCUUUCUCCCAAGGAAUCCUGGGAAGUGUGAUUUUUUUCAGCUGCCGAUACAGUGGUACCUCGAGUUACAGACGCUUCAGGUUACAGACGCUUCAGAUUACAGACUCCACUAACCCAGAAAUAGUACCUCGGGUUAAGAAUUUUGUUUCAGGAUGAGAACAGAAAUCGUGCUCCGGUGGCGUGGCAGCAGCAGCAGCAGCGGGAGGACCCAUUAGGUAAAGUGGUGCCUUAGGUUAAGUUUCAGGUUAAGAACGGACCUCCAGAACGAAAUAAGUACUUAACCCAAGGUACCACUGUAGUUGUAUAGAAGUGGAGAGCCCUGCUUAAGCAGCCAUUUCCAGCAUAGUUUAACAGUUUGGGAAUUGUAGCUGGGGGUUUGUGGCAGACUGGGGUUUCCCACCACCUCUCAGCUCCCUUAACAGAAUGUUCUCAGUUCCCAGAAUGUCUUGUGGGAAGCUGUGAGUGUUUAAAGCAUAUAGUGCAGAUGGCGCUGUACUUAGGCUUAGCUACAGCAGUGGAUGGAAACAGGGACAUGCACUGUGGCACAGGCUUCGUCUGUCACUGGCUAUGUGCCCCACCUCCACAGAACUUGAGAAGUUGUCUGACGACAUGAAAAGCAGAUACCAGGAGGAGAACCUGAUUGGGAAGAAGUUGGAUGAGAAGGUGGUAGCCCUGGAAGAGGAGCUGGCUGAUCUCCACGUUCAGAAGGAGAAUCUGGAGAAGGUAGUACCCAGGGGUGGCAAAAGUCAUCACCCGAGGCCAGAAGUGGCUCCCUGGAAAACUCUCUCUGACCCUUAGGAUUUUCCAAGUGCCACCCCUCCCCCCAGCUUUGCACCCUUGACUGUUCUUUGCCUCCCUGGAAGAUGCCCUUGAACUCUGAUCAUGCGUCUUCUUUCAUUCUUAAAUGGAGGAUUGAAAGGGACAAGUGGGCAAAUUAACGUGUGUUGCUCCACUACCAUCAUCCCUCUUAUAUCAUCUGGGUUAUGACAUUGCCCUUGAAUCCCUGAGGCAAAGGCUUUGGGACAUCUCACAUAGGGACCUGCGAUCCCGAUCUUAUGUAAUUUGUAGCCUGGUCACAGCUGGAAUCCAAUAUGGGUAUGACUAUCAAACAUCCUCAUGCCUUAGGAAUUUGUCUGUACCUACCUAUCGGCAUUUAUUUACCAAAGCCAGACUAAAUGUAUUUCCCUUGGAAGUUCUAAAUGACAGGCUGAGAGGCAUCCUCUAUCAGAAUAGGCUUUGUUUAUGUUCUGCAGACAUCGAUUGCAUGAACACACAAGGGACCAACUGAUCAAUCCCCUACUGGCAAAUUUUCCAGGAAAAUCUGAAGCCUCCCAUAUUAAAUACCUUUUGGAAGACAGGUCAAAUGAUAUUACACUGGCCGUGGCAAAGUUUCUUUCGGAGGUUGUAAGAAACAAAGAUCAUUAUGCCCUAGAUAAAACAAAAUGACUGCCUUGGUUUCUUCCAUCUGUCUGUCUGGUUGUUUUAACUGUAUCUAGUUUAGAAAUUGUUUUGUGGAUCUUUGGACCACAAUAAAGUAUUGAUAGAUAGAUAUCAUUAUGACACCACAGUGUACACUGUGCCUCAUUUCCAAAGGAAACACAGACUAAGUGCCUGGACCCCUGGAAUCUUGCACCGGUCAGAGAUUGGGGUGGCAUUUAGCCCCAUAUUACUAAUCAUGGGAGCGGCAAAGAGGGUGAAGCCCAGCUCUCUAGAAAUAACAGGUUGUAUCUAAGGUACUACAAAGUGAAAGUCGCUUAGCUGUGCCUGUGUGGCUGAGUAGGGAUUCAAACCCUGGUCUCCUGAGUCCUGGCUAGAGACCAGCCAUUACACUGUACUUUCAUCAGGGGCUGCAGUCUUUUUUGUGGCAAAUAAUCCCCCCUCCCCUCUACUUGUUCCAGACAACAACUCUGCAGCUGCUGGAGAGUCAGGAGGAGCAAAGGGGGAGCAGCAGCACCGAGGAGGAAGGACCUGCGGAAAGGAAGCAGCCAAGUGCCGCACCCCUUUAUGGGGAUCCCCACAGCAACUCUCUCCGAGAACCAGCACCAGUGGCAUCCCCCGCUCCUUUGGCUAAUCUGAAGGAAAGCUCAAGCAGUCCUCCAUUCACGGCUCUCGAAGGAGCCCAAGACAGUCUGCUUUUUGCAGCUCCUGAGGCUCAUUCUUCGGAAGCACUGGUUGAACAAACUCGUCCAACCUCUGCUUAA